CUCAAGUUGGGUGCUGGCUGUCGUCAUUCAUCUCUGUCGCCGAUCGGUUUGUUCUUCAGGACACAUCGCCCACCGCUCACUGUGUGGACCAGCUGCUGCUGCUGUGUGACCGAAUGGCUGGCUGCCUGUGGGUCUCGGUGUGAGUGCCUGUGGUGCUGUCCGGUCCGCUCCCGGCCGAUUUUGAUGUGAUGCGCCGGCCGAUGUGUGAGUGUUUGGCUGCCUGACUGACUCACUCGCCCUCGGUUCCGCCAUGGGUGCCCUGACGGGAAUGAAAUGAUCACACCAGUGAUACUCACAGCAAAGGCCACACAUCCCGUCAGCCACCUGCAGCAGAAACUCGCACGCACCAGAAAGAGCCUGGUGACAAACACAAGGGCGACACUUCGUCGAGCUGUGCCGGGUGUGUCGGCCGCCCACUGCUGCUGCACAGGCGCAUUCACCAAUUUAGCAUUCCCCACGCCUCAUCCGGACUCAGAGAGCACGGCAGCGGCCGCCAUACGCUCCUGCAAUGGGAGAAACCUCUCAGCGCGGCGAUCGGCAGGGUUCCAAACCAUGAGAGCUUAGAGGUGCGGCACUCUCCUCGUCCCAAUUGGCUCUGCCUCUGUGCAGCAGCAGCAUCUCUGGGGACCACGACCAACGGGCACUUCACUUCCCAAGCAGCUGAGUUGAGGAUGGAUGCAUCGGGUAUUGGCGGCAGCAGGACAUCCCAGAACGACACGGCGGCCAAAGUGGUUGUGCAACGCGUCGGUGAGCCAUCCUCCUUCGUGGCGCACAGAUACACUCAUCCCAUUGAUGGAUGGAUGGAUGGAUGGCAUGUGUGUGUAAGUGCUGCAGAUGAAGGGCAGCUGCUGAUAGACAACGAGGAGGAAUGGCUGCAGUUUGGUCGCGGCUUCGUCGUGUACAUAUGCUUCCUGAAAGGAGGUAGGGUGCGUGAGAGAUCACACAACACACGCAGUCGCAUCCUUCCCAUCCACCCGCACAGCCUGCGGCAUGGCAUCUCUCUGCUUGUGUUGUGUUGUGCACUGCAGCCACGACAUCGACUGUGGCGAAGAUUGUCGAUGCGCUCUUUGCGUGCAACCACCUGGAAGAUCCCGACAGCGGCAAGAAGGCACGCACACACACACACACACACUCACCCAUCUCAUCACUUGUGUCUGUCGUGUGCUCACUGUGUCUGUCUGUCUGCACACAAACAAUCGUUUCAUUCGUCCACCAGGUGUCGCUAAGUGACGUGUGUGGCGACUGGUGGAUGACGCUGGUGCCACAGGCCUCGAUGGCGGCCAAGCUCAAAGGCAACGCGCUGCAGUUCCACUCGCUGAUAAUGAAGGAGGAGGGCGCGGCUCUGUACGCCAGUCUGGUCACACAGAUACAAAACACUGUGAGUGAGUGAGUGAGUCUGUCGGAGGGAUGAGGGUCUGUGUGUGUGUUGCCCGCAGGCGGAACAAAUGGAGAAGGCGACCAAGGGCAAGACGAUCACAGUAGUGGCCGGCGUCUAUGGUCAGCAAUCACACACACACACACACACUCGUGUGUUUAUAUCAGUCUCUCUCUCUCUCUCUGUCUCUCUUUCUAUCUAUCUGUGUAUGUGUGUGUGUGUGUGCGGCUGCAGGCAAUCGUCAGGGCUUGAAGUUCUCGUCGAGUGGUCCGAACGCUCUCAACCUGACUUUCUGACUGAGUCCCCACCACUCAUUCACUUCGUGUGUGUACAUAGCCAGACAGACAGACAGACAGGGUAUUGCGCGUGGAUGCAUAUAUGAGUGUGUCCAUCAGUGAAAU